UUGUCACAGGAGAAAAAAAACAGCCGCACUUUUCCAUACCAGCAAAGGUUGAGUUGAGAUAUAAAAGAAGGAGUGAAGCAUCCAUUCUUUGUAGAAACUUUCUGACGUACUGCAGACAUGCUCAGGUUUCUGGUGUUGACAAGUCUCGCAGCCUUGGUGCUGGCUGAGCUGGAGCCCGAGCCCAGGUACCUGGAGGACAGCGUUGAAAGGGUCGUGGGGGGUGAGGUGGCCAGCCCCAACUCCUGGCCUUGGCAGAUCUCUCUUCAAUACAGAUCUGGCAGCAGAUACUACCACACAUGUGGAGGAACCCUGAUUGAGAGAGGCUGGGUUAUGACAGCUGCUCACUGUGUGGACAGCCCUAGAACAUGGCGUGUUGUUCUCGGGGAACAUGACCUCUACAGCAACAGCGGCACAGAGCAGAUCAUUGCAGUCAGCCAAGCUUACAUCCAUCCCAAAUGGGACGCCAGCAGACUGUCCGCUGGAUUCGACAUUGCCCUGCUGCGUUUGUCCACUGAGGCCACCCUGAACUCCCACGUCCAGCUGGGUUCUCUGCCUCCCUCUGGCCAGAUUCUGCCCAACAACAAUCUCUGCUACAUCACCGGAUGGGGACGCACUUCCACUGGUGGCAGCCUGUCUUCCGAGCUGAAGCAGGCUUACCUUCCUGUGGUCGACCACAAGACCUGCACUAGAAGUGACUGGUGGGGCAGCACUGUCAAGACCACCAUGGUGUGUGGUGGUGGUGGUGCUGAGGCUGGAUGCAAUGGUGACUCUGGUGGCCCUCUGAACUGCCUUGUUAAUGGAAAAUACUACGUCCAUGGUAUUGCCAGCUUUGUGUCUGGAUAUGGGUGCGACACUCCCAAGAAACCCACCGUCUUCACCCGUGUCUCUGCCUACAUCGACUGGAUGGACUCGAUCAUGGUGUAAAAAGAAGACUCAUCAAAGUUGCAGCACACAAAGACAGAGAUCACAUUCAACCAUGUUUUCAUCUGCUGUACAUCUUCACUUAUCUGGUCUCAUUCUACCAAAAAUAAACUGCAUUAAUUAAAA